AUGUACUCACAGAAUAUAAAAACCCCUCUCUUGUAUCUUCAUUCAAGUCCUGUUUUCAUUAAUACGUUACUAAUCCUUGCUUAUAAAAAAGCGUUACAGCAACGACAAAUACUACUAGCUAAUUUUAUUAUGGUUGCAAUUAUUACCUUAACUCGUCAAGUUUUACUUACCCUCGCAUUGGCUUUACUUGCGCGAGGUGCCGCUAUCCCAGAAGAGGUCGCUAAGAGAGAUGACAACCCUGGUUUCAUUUCUUUGGACUUUGACGUUCUUAGAAAACCAUUGAAUUUGACCCGAGCGCUUCUCCACCAGAAAAGAGAUUCUAUUUCCUUGUCUUUGAUCAACGAAGGUCCAUCAUACGCCGCUAAGGUUGCAGUUGGCUCCAACAAGCAACAACAAACUGUUAUUAUUGACACUGGCUCAAGUGAUUUCUGGGUUGUUGAUUCGAAUGCCCAAUGUGAACAGAAUGUUGAUUGCACAAGCUCAGGUACAUUCAAUCCAUCUUCUUCCUCUUCCUACCAAAGUUUGAGAGCUGACUUUGCUAUUCAAUAUGGUGAUGGAUCUACAUCAGAGGGAACUUGGGGUAAAGACACUGUCACGAUUAACGGAGUGUCAAUCACUGGACAGCAGUUGGCAGACGUCACUCAAACCUCGGUCAAUCAGGGUAUUUUAGGUAUUGGCUACACCAGUAAUGAAGCUGUGACUGAUACUUCUGGUCAACGUACCAUUCAAAACUACGAUAAUGUCCCUGUAACUUUGAAGAAACAAGGUAAGAUCAAGACCAAUGCUUACUCGUUGUAUUUGAACUCCCCUACAGCAGAAACAGGUACAAUCAUUUUUGGUGGUGUUGAUAAUGCUAAAUACUCAGGUCUGUUGAUUUCUGAACAAGUGACUCUGUCGAACCAAUUGACCAUCUCACUUUCAUCAAUUGAGUUUAAAGGUUCAUCAUUCUCAGCCGGAACAGAUGCUUUGUUAGACUCGGGAACCACACUCACAUUUCUCCCUAGUUCCCUUGCUUCACAACUCGCUGAUCAAGCUGGAGCUUACCUCGUUCAAGUGGGUAGAGACCAAUAUGCCUAUUUCAUUGACUGUAACACUGAUACAUCUGGUUCAACAGUUUUCAACUUUGGAAAUGGGGCAAAGAUUACUGUACCAAAUUCAGAAUAUGUUUAUCAAAAUGAUGAUGGUACUUGUCAGUGGGGUAUUCAACCAUCAGAAGAAGCCAUUUUAGGUGACAAUUUCUUGAGACACGCAUAUCUCCUUUACAACUUGGAUGCUAACACAAUCUCAAUUGCUCAAGUCAAGUACACUACUGACUCUAGUAUUUCUGCAGUUUAA